CAGGGUGGCCUCCGCUCCAAGUGCCCAGGGCGCUUCCUUCGCUUGCACGAGGGUUCGGCUGCCAGACCAUGGACGUCGUCGACAUCGAUGACGAGGAGAAGAUGGACCUGCCGCCAGCACCGCCCACGGCCUACCCGCCCCCGAGGACCCCCAACGGCCCCAUGAAGUACGUGGAAGCGCGUCCCGCCUCCCGCGGCAGAUUCGGCAUAAGCCACGCAUCCGGGGAAGAGGAUUGGGACGAUGGGCUUGGCGAGGAGCUCUACAGGCGCCUAGAUACGAUCGACGUCAAGCUUGACUGGCUGAUCUCUCGCGUCAAGGUCAGCGGCAUGCCCGACAUCGGUUGUGGCGGCAAGUUGGACAGAAACGGCUCGCUGACAUCCGUCGUGAGCAUGCCUGACCAGUCCCCCUCGACCUCCCGGGCAGUCACGGAAGGCGACAAGACGCCGAAGCUCCGCAGCAUUGCCGAUGCAGGUCCCUCGGAGGCGCAGCCUCCGGGUGCGGUCGCCCCUCCCGCGCCCCGGUGGGACGAGGAGAGGGGCUCCAUCGGCUUCGGCAGGGCCUGCAGGCAGAUGACCUCCCUGUCCGACAGCACCACGCUGAACCGCCAGACGUCGGGCUUCGACUCGGGGAGGAAGGGCUCCACGCAGAGCAACGGGGGCCUGCUCAUCCCCAACCUGAACAAGAGGCCCGGGAGGGGCGGCUCGGGCCGCUCGAACAUCUCGAUCCCCACGAUGUUCAAGAGCCAGUUCGUGGCGCGGAGGCUGUACGAGAAGUCACAGAACAAGGACAUCGACCAGAUGCAGAAGCGGAUCCAGUCGCUGCCGAAGGCGAUGAGGAAGAAGCGGAGCCCGACCGUCGAUUACAUCUACAACGUCCUGGAGGACCCCUCGUCGAGCAGGGUGGCCUGGUGGACCGCGUCGUGCCUGCAGGCGUUCGUGCUCCUGAGCGUGCUGGGCACCUUCCUGCAGACGAUCGAGGAGCCGCCCCUGAACGGGUGGCCGGCCGCCAGCGUCGUCGAGACCGUGUUCGACGUCGUGUUUCUGACGGAGGUCAGCCUUCGGUGGGCGUGUGCGCCGAACAGGGUGAACUUUGUCUUCGUCUCGGAGUCGUGGAUCGACAUUCUGGCAGCGAGCGCACUCGUGGUGCGGGCAGCGGUCGGCUUCGUGCUCCCAGACAGCCAUGAAGAUGUAGGUUCGAUAUAUUUGCUGUGCUUUGUGCCGAUAAUCCGGUUAUUGAAGGUUGCACGUCAUUUCGAGACCCUCUUCGUGCUCAUCCAGGCGGUCAAGGUCUCGAUGGAGUCUCUUCCAAUGCUGCUGUACGCUAUGGCGCUGAUCACGAUGACGUUCGCUACUCUCAUGUACGUAGUGGAACCAGAGAUGUUCGAGACGCCAUACCGGGCGGUGUGGUUUUGCCUAGCGACCAUCACCACGGUUGGCUAUGGGGAUUAUUCCCCGAGCACGCCUGCCGGAAUCACAGUCGCCAUGGUGUUGAUAGUGUUGGGAAUCAUAUUGGUGGCCGUGCCCAUCGGCAUUAUCGGAAUGACGUUCCACGAGAUCUGGAACACGAGAGACUACUCGCUGCUGCUGCGGAAGACGCGGAGCAAGCUGCACCAGUGGGGCUACACGGCCCAUGACAUCCCAACGUUGUUCAAGCUCGUGGACUUUGACGAGAACGGGGUGCUGGAGCUCGACGAGUUCUGUGAGCUAGUGAAGGAGAUGAAGAUCGGCCUCUCCGAGCCUCGCGUCGUCGCCCUGUUCGAGCACAUGGACAAGGACGGCAGCGGGGCGCUGGACGCCGCCGAGUUCGCGCUGGAGGUCUUCCCGGAAACAUUCGUCGAGGCGUUCGGCCACGCGGAGGUGACCAAAGACCCCGACGGAGAGAGCUCCAAUUGGAUGGCGAGUUUGGCAGCCGCGAUCAACGGGGGCAAGAAGAUCUCAUUGGACGAGAAAUGAUUUAGAUUUUCAGAGCCAUGGAGCGUCCCUCUCUGUGGUUGGUCGCCUGGCUGACUGCUGGCAAGCCCUCAUAUACUAUUGUUUUUUGGGCCCUUGAGCCUAUGAAGUCUGCCUUGAGCCCCUCUUUCUCCUGCUCUUUC